GAGGAUUAUAAAAGCAAUCAAAUGCGCCUAACGGUUGUUAUUCUAGCACUAGAUAAUAUCAGCCUGGAUCAGGCGUCAAAUAGCGUACACCGGUUGUAUAUCGGGAAGAAGACCACUGCAACCAGUUGAUUUUAUUCAGUGACUGUUAUUUUACAAUAUUACGAGGCACCAUACCAGAGAAAGAAGUUUUGGCGACAUGUUGGAACUUCAGCGAUUGUACUUUAUUUAAAAAUGAAAUGUAGCUGUAACAUAGCUGUUUAUUUUCAUUCUAAUGGUGGUAAUCGGUUUUGGUUAUAACAACCAUCAUCAGAUCAAGGUUCCAGGGCACAUCAGAAACCGGUUGACCAGUUGGUGACGGGUACGUUAUGAUAUUAGUUCAAAAUGAUUCAAAUGACUCUGAGCACUAUGGGACUUAACAUCUGUGGUAAUCAGUCCCAUAGAGCUUAGAACUACUUAAACCUAACUAACCUAAGGACAUCACACACAUCCAUGCCCGAGGCAGGAUUCGACGUGUGACUGUAGCGGUCACGCGGUUCUAGAUUGAAGCGUCUAGAACCGCACGGCCGCUCCUGCCGGCUAUGAUAUUAGUGAGCGGUUCUAGGAGCUUCAGUCCGGAACCGCGCUGCUGCUACGGUCGCUGGUUCGAAUUCUGCUUCGGGCAUAGAUGUGUGUGAUGUCGUUAGGUUAGUUAGGUUUAAGUAGUUCUAAGUCUAGGGGCUGAUGACCUCAGAUGUUGAGACCCAUAGUGCUUAGAGCCAUGAUAUUAGCUCAGCGGCUGCUCGUAUGGGUUCGCGUAUUGGUAUAAUAAUGGUUCUUACAUGCAAAACAUGUUACCUCCAAUAUCGCAGUUUGUUUAUACCCAAAAACCUUUCGUAUUAAGCGACUCCAUUCGUGGACGACUACGCUCUUGCGCGGUCGAACGGGGGUUUCGAAUCCCGGUCCUCCGAGGUACGAGUGUAGCGUCUUCGCUUCGCACUGUGUUUCUCGAUAAGACGGAUAGAAAGCGAGAAAAGAUGAGGUUUGUAAAAGCAAUUAAAUGCGCCGUACGAUUCUUUUUGUAACGACAGAUAAGAUUAAGCGGUAUCGGGCAUCAAACGAGCGUAUACAGUAGCGGAGACACGAGACCGGUAGCAGUGGUUGCGUGCAGAAGGCGUACGACGGACGCGGGCGUUGCGCGACCCAGAACGCGUCUUUCAGCGGCGAGCGGCCGUAGCGGGAGGGGGCGUCGGGGAAGAUUAUUUUGCCAGUGACACGCACACGCGCUGACGCCCACGGCGAGGCGGGCGAACGAGCGAGCGCGCAGUGGCGCGGAGAGCGUCGGCGCAUCUGCCGCCUCGCCUCGCCUCCGGAGGGACAGAUUAGCCCUGGACGGCGACCGGGCAGGUCCCGAGAAGACCGGCGGCGGCGCACGCGGAGGCGGAGGCGCGGCCCGCAGUGCGGCUCGCCAUGCGCUCGCCGUCGCUGCUGGUGCUCUGCGCGCUCCUCGCCCACCCGCUGGCGGUCGCCGCCGCCCGCUGCGCCACGGAGUUGUCGGUAGCCUUCAACCGCACCACCUCGCUCGCGGACGGCACCGUCUGGGACGAGGACUCGCGCGUCGCCUACCCUCCCGGUUACGCUUGGAAGGAGAGCGGCGACGUGUGGCGCGGCUGCCUGUGCGUGCUGCGGCCCUGCCUGCGCAAGUGCUGUCCCGCGGGGCAGGCGUUCAACGCGUCAUCCCGCCGCUGCGACCGGGAGCCGCCGGAGGCGGCGGCGGCCUGGCGGCAGCUGACGGUCCACGACGCCCUCGCGCCGGACCUGGCCUUCGCGGCGUCGGCCGGGCCGCCGCACUUCGCGACGCUGGUGGGCGAGCCGUGCCGCCACGGCCGCUUCCGGCUGCGGCCCGACCGCUACCCGGAGGACGCCUUCUCGCUGCUGUCCAGCGGCGAGCUGCUGGUGAACGCGACCGCCGAGCGCUUCGACGCGUCGCGCUACUGCCUCGAGUUCUUCGACGACUCGGCCGAGGUGGGCGCCAUCGGGUGCUUCCUGCCCGAGCCGGUCGUGGCGCCGGCAGAAGUGGUCCGCGGCGCGCUGCUGCUGGCGUCGGUGCCGUUUCUGCUGGCCACGUUCGCGCUGCACGCUCUCGUGCCCCGCCGCCGCAAGCUGCACGGCUGGAACGUGAUGAGCUACGUGGCCAGCACCACCGUCUCCUACCUGGCGCUCGCCGCCGUCCAGCUCUUCACCAACCACGUCUCCGGCACUCUCUGCACCGCCGCAGCCUUCAUCAUCUACUUUUCAUUCCUGGCAAGUUUCUUCUGGCUCAAUGUAAUGUGCUUCGACAUCUUUUGGACAUUCAGUGGAUUCCGGUCAUUGCGUGGGACAGCCAGAGAAAGGGAGCACAAGAAAUUCAUCAUCUAUUCUAUAUACUCAUGGGGCUGCCCUCUAAUUUUGCUAAGUGUGACACUUGUUAUGCAGUUCCACAAUGACAUUCCUGAUGGUUUACUAAGACCACAGUUUGGUGUGAAGAGAUGUUGGUUUCCUGAUGACAUUACAAUCCUGGCAUACUUUUAUGGACCUGUUGGGGUGCUGGUUCUGUGUAACAUUAUCUUGUUCAUUUUAACUGCCAUCAGAAUUGCACAGCUCAAAAGAGAAACAGCUAUGCUGAAAGGCACUGAUUCAAGACGACAUGAUGAUGACAACAGACAGAGGUUUAAUUUGUACCUGAAGCUUUUCCUCGUCAUGGGUGUGAAUUGGUCAAUGGAAGUAAUAUCAGGAUUGGUUGGUGGCCCUGAAUACGUGUGGUAUGUAACCGACAUCUGCAACACACUGCAGGGUGUGCUCAUAUUUGUUAUAUUCGUCUGGAAAGACCGUAUUCGUCGUAUGCUUAUGGAAAAAUUCUGUCCAAAGAGGGCUUCAACUAAACUCAGCAAGUCAACUGUUGUGACCUACUCAACAAGAGCCAGCCCAUCUCGCUUGUCACAUGGAGUACUAAACAAUAAAGUUACAGACAACAGCAAUGGAGAUGUUGUAAAAAUCACAGCUAUUACACCCAUCUCUGAUGACAGUGAUGUGCCCUGAAAGUAAAAGGCUGAAUAAAUAAUUGCAGUGGUGCCUAUAUUUGCAAUUCUGGGAUUUUUGCAAUGAUGAAAUGUUGCUUCUGACAGGUUCUUGUAAGAAAGGGACUGUGAAAAAGUGGAGAAACUAAUUCUCUAAGUAAGGAAAAACAAACUGUUGGUCAAUAAAAGAAUCCAUGCAUAAAUUGUGAAACAUUCCUCACAAAUGUUACUUUUUUGUUUCAACAAUAAUUGUACAAAUUGAAAUCACUAAAUUAAAAUUUAUUCAUCCUAAAACACUUUAACUCUUGCUUAAGGGUUGAAAUUAAUUUUCUUUUCUUUUGAAUAUGAAGGGAGUACAGCAAGUUAUAACUACCUCUACAGGGAAAUUCAUCCAUUCAUUGUAAAUCCAAGUAGAUCAUUAAUUAUUCCUCCCUUCAUAUGGAGGAAAAGAUCUAAGGACUCCACUAUCAGUUACUAUCACUACAGUGUUUGCGAUAAUGUUGGGAUUAUGACCUGUCUGCUUUUGUAGAGAAACAAAAUAAACAUUCUUGUAUUUAUGUGCAUGCAGUUGUAAACAGGAACACUGACUUAUUUACAUGUGUUAAUGUUUAUGAAGCAUCUAUUGUGCACCAUUUGUGUAUUCAUCACUGCUGAUAAUUUGUGACGAUCAUUCAACAGUCAAAUCUAUUUUCCUAAUACACUGCAUUAUUCAAAGAUAAAACAUAGAAGUAAAAGAUGUAUGCUAAUGCUGACAAAUGCUAUACAAAAUCCCUUUACGAACCAAGCAGGUGCAUGUAAUGUACAAAUUAAUUAUGCUUAAGGUGAAAGGCAAUAUGUGUGUGUGUGUGUGUGUGUGUGUGUGUGUGUAACCAAUCAUUUACAUAUGUAUUCUGUGAAGCAGAGUACUUGCGUCUAAUGGUAAUUCACAGGGCUUUUCAGCAGCAUUGCAUUUUUGUGAUAUUUAUUCACAUUUCAUGCUAAAGUGUAUUUAGUUAAGCAAAGAAAGGUACAACAACAGCUGUCAGCAAUCACAAGCGAAUCAGAAAAAGCAUUUACAAAUGCUGGACUUAUAAAUUGAAAAACAACAAAGUUUAUGAUAUGUGGAGCUAAAUGCAAACUAUUUUAAGAGAAAUAUAAUUCAGAAAUGUAACUGGCAAAAAGUCACAUAGUGAAAAAUAUUAAUGUAUAUAUAACACUGCAGUUGUGUGUAUGUAUGCAAUCUGGCAAGCUGCUUGUAUUUUACCACUAUUACAGCUUGUUCAUCAACAUUCAUUGUCAGCAAUAAUCUACGAUGACACUUUUACCAACUAAUCAAUGUAAUUCUGUGCUUAUUUAGUAAGUUAAAAACUGUCAUUUCAGUGUAAUAAAAAUUUGGGUACAAGCUACCAAUUUCUUUCUGUUCUAAACAAAGUGUCAUUCCAACAUGACAUUAUUGUUUUUGAAAUACUAGUCAGUGAAACUGUUCCUUAUUUUGCAAAACAUUGUAUAGGCAUAGAAGGCAUGAGUUUUUAAUUUAGAAAUAUUGAUGAAAAUACAAGUUUGUGGCAUGUGUAGGUACGGUUACCUAAGACAAUAUAAGGAACUUGUUUGUGUGUGUGUUAGAGAGAAAGAGAGAGAGAGAGAGAGAGAGAGAGAGAGAGAGAGAGAUAUCUGAUUUUUAUUUAUAGAGUUAAAUAUGUUCAUGUUUGAAUUGCCAGUAUUUUAAGUUAUUUACAAGAUACAUUAAAGUGAUUGAUCAUAUUAUUAUGAAAUAAUUAAACAAGUAUAUCUAAAUAAAGUGUACAACUUUUAUUCUAUUAUGUUUUUCCACAAAUGACUUGAUGGGGCCGCCAUGGAUACAAAAAUACUUAUACUUUUGCAGAACUGGAUAAAAAUGUUCUAAAAUUGUAGUGAUAGUACUUCACUGAGAUAAGAUUACUUCAGGUGUUCUACAAAAGAAUAAACAUCUAAUAUUAG